UAUAUAUAGAUAAUUCAUUCUUUCCGUCUUCUUCUUAAUUGCAGCAUUUUCCUUGUCUACGGAAGCUGAAUCUCUCCCAUUCUAAAAAUACCUGAUGCGAACACCAGAUUUCAGGGAGAUGCCAAAUUUGGAGUAUUUGAAUCUGUUUUGUUGUAAGAGUCUUGAAGAGGUUGAUGAUUCCCUGGGGUAUUGCGGUAAACUCAUUCGGUUAGAUUUGGGUUAUUGCUCAAGCCUUAAGAGGUUUCCAUGUGUUAACUUGGAAUCUCUUGAAUAUCUGAAUCUAAGGGGUUGCUCUAGUUUAGAGAAAUUUCCAGAGAUCAAGGGAAGAAGUAAGCUGGGGUUAGAGAUUAGGAUGAAUUGCUCUAAGGUAAGGGAACUACCAUCAUUUAUUCUGUACCUAACUCAUCUUACGAAGCUAGAUUUGAGUUGUAUGGAAAACCUUGUAUCUCUUCCAAGCAGCAUUGGCAUGUUGAAAAGCUUGGUGAAGCUAGAUGUGUCGUAUUGCUCAAAACUUGAAAUCUUGCCAGAAGAGAUAGGGGAUUUAGAAAACUUGGAGAAGCUUGAUGCCAGGUAUACUCUGAUUUCACGACCUCCGUCUUCCAUUGCCCGGUUGAACAAGCUUAAAUUCUUGAGUUUUGAAAAACAUCUCGAAGAUGGAGUGUGCUUUGAGUUCCCUCAGGUGAAUGACGGAUUACGCUCAUUGGAAAAGUUGGAUCUCAGUUACUGCAAUCUAAUAGAUGGAGGACUUCCGGAAGACAUUGGAUCCUUGUCCUCUUUGAAAAAGUUGGAUCUCAGUUUCUGCAAUUUAAUAGAUGGAGGACUUCCGGAAGACAUUGGAUCCUUGUCCUCUUUGGAACAGUUGCAUCUCGAUGGAAAUAAUUUUGAGCAUUUGCCUCGAAGCAUAGCCCAACUUGGUGCUCUUCGAUCCUUGAAGUUAAGAGAUUGCGAGAGGCUUAAAGAGUUGUCAGAAUUUCCACAACAAUUAGAUACAAUAUAUGCAGAUUGGAGCAAUGAUUCAUUAUGUAAUUCGUUGUUUCAGAACAUCUCAUCAUUGCAGCACGGCAUCUCUGCUUCAGAUUCACUAAGAGUGUUUACCAGUAGGAUGAACAUCCCAAGUUGGUUCCAACAUUGGGGAAUUGAUAGAAGUGUAUCAGUCAAUUUGCCUGAAAAUUGGUAUGUAUCGGAUAACUUCUUGGGAUUUGCUGUAUGUUACUCUGGCAGCUUAGUUGAAACCACAGCUCAAUUGAUUCCCUUAUGUGAUGAUGGGAUGUCGUGGAUGACCCAGAAACUUGCCUUAUCCAACCAUUCAAAAUAUGAUAUAGAAUUUUGCUUAUCUACUAUUCAAUUUUUCUUGGUACCUCUUGCUGGCUUAUGGGAUACAUCUAAGGCAAAUGGAAAAACACCAAAUGACUAUGGGCUAUUCUAUUUUCUCUGGAGAAAUGAAGAGCUUUUGGAUUUCGUUUGUUGUAUAAAGAUGAAAAGAGCUUGAGGCCAUGUUACAAAUGAGGGAAAAUAAUGAUGAACCAACAGAAGAUCGCAUUAUGACAAGGAGGAGCAGAUAUGACGAUAGUGAAGCGAGUUCCUCCUCUUGUAAGAAACAAAGGUCACAUUCUAAUAUUAGUGGGAGCUCUGUCUUUGAGAAUCUGCAGCAACAAGUAGAGGCGCCAGUCUCUUCAGAAACUUUGCAGCUCUUUCCCACAAGCUCAGGAUUUUAGCUUAAAUAUAGGAACUCACCAAAUUGAUUGUCUCCGGUUGUGCUGAGCCAUCAUUAACCAUGAUGUAUAAUAAAGAUUCCACUGAGCUAUCAUGGGUAUAUAUGAAGAUGCAUUUUAAGUUCUUCUCAUAAGUCCACAGAGUAAAGGGAGGUCGGGAAAAAGAUGAAACGAUUGAAGACGCAGCACAGCGUGAGACAGUGGAGGAAGCUGGAGUACGAGGUAAAGUUGAGAUGGUACUUUGAGAACAAAGCCGGUGACACUGCCUAUGAAAGGCACAUGUUUCCUCUGUUUGUAACAGAACAACUAGACUAUUGGCCUGAGAAAGACAUCUGCGAAAGAACUUGAAUGAAUGCGCGCGAAGCAAGAAAAAUUUGCCCAAAUGGGGCCGCAGAAUUAUUAAUCUGCAGCAUUCUUUAAUUCUUCAUGUUGCUGGCAAAGCUAGAAGAUUAGAGUCAUUUAUCAUUACAUUCAGAAGGUCAAAGAGAUGUAUACCCUACCAAUAUAAAGAUUUCACCAUGUUAUCAUUGGUAGAUGAAGAUGCCUUUGAAGUUUGUCAAUAAGUCCCCAGAGAAAAGGCAAAGGGUUGUUAUUUCCCAAAGGUAGUGACUGAUCCAUGGUAGGGAGGUUGGGAAAAAGAUGAAACUAUCAAAGAUGCAGCACAACGUGAGACAGUGAUGUUAAGAUCUUUAUCACUUUUGCAUAACAAACUGGGGACAUGGUAAUUUGAGCAAAACCAGUUGCGCUGCCUAUAAGGGGAACAACUAGACUAUUGGCCUGAGAAAGGGACUCGCUAAAGAACUUGGAUGAAUGGCAAGAUAACUUUGCCAAAAUGGGUGGAUGAAUCUGGUCUAUGGUUCCUGCUUGCAUUUUGUGGUGCUUAUGGUUGAAAGGAACCAAAGAUGUUUUCAUGGGAGGUCGAGAAAAGAUGAAACAAUUGAAGAUGCAGCAGAGUGUGAGACAGUGGAGGAUGCUGGAGUACAAGGUUAAGUUGAGUGCAAACUGGGAGAGGAAGAUGGUAUGUUGAGAACAAAACCGGUGACAUUGCCUGUGAAGGGCACAUGUUUCCUUUGUUAGUAACAGAACAACUAGACUCUUGGCCCGAGAAAGAGAUUUGCAAAAGAACUCGGUGUAAAUUGGGAAGAUGGUACUUUGAGAACAAAGCGGGUGACACUGCCUAUGAAGGGCACAUGUUUCCUCUGUUUGUAACAGAACAAAUAGACUAUUGGUCUGAGAACAAGAUUCGCAAAAGAACACUUCCGUUUGCUGACAAGUAGCUUGUCCGAGAACCAAUUACAGAAGAAUGUGCGCGAAGCAAGAAAAUUUUGUCUAAAUGGGGCUGCAGAAUUAUCAGUAAGUCGCCUGACAUCACAAAGCAAAUAGACCAAAGGGGAACUAUUUCCAGGAAUCGAAUGAAGCUCCAGUGUUCGAGCAACUAUUCCUCCUUUAGAUGUAUACCCUAACAAUAUAAAGAUUUCACCGCGUUAUCAUUGGUAGAUGAAGAUGCCUUUGAAGUUUAUUAAUUAUACCUGUUCCCAGAGUUCUGACAGGGAGGUCGGGAAAAAGAUGAAACAAGCAAAGAUGCAGCACAAUGUGAGAUAGAGGAAGCUGGAGUACGAGGGGAUGUUAAGCAAACUGGGAAGAUGGUACUUUGAGAACAGAACUGGUAACGCUGCCUAUGAAGGGCACAUGUUUCCUCUGUUUGUAACAGAACAACUAGACUCUUGGCCUGAGAAAGAGAUUCAUGAAAGAACUUGGAUGAAUGUGCGAGAAGCAAGAAAAUUUUGCCAAAAACGGGUGGAUGAAAGAGGGCUUUGAGCAAUUAGUAAGUCGCCUCACAUCACAAAGUAAACGAACCAAAGGGGAACUAUUUUUAGGAAUCCUGUGUAGCUCCAAUGCUCGAGCUGAAGUACUUUCUCCCCCACUACCAAGUUCUACUAAAGAAGCGUAUCUCCAUUGAUAUCUACUGUCAAAUGUUACAUGGUGGAAGCAGCUUGUGAAUAGGAGUUAAAGACGUACUAGAGGUCGUUGUAGGAGUAUAUUGUCUGUUGUUAUAUAUUAUAAAAAAAUAAUUCUACUUGCCAGUGUGCACAUGUCAUGUGUCAGCUCUGGUUCUAAAUCUCUAUUAUGUCACACAAACUCAAAGUAGUACAUAAUUUACCAUGAUGCUUAUAUUAAUUGAUGCAUAUAUUUAAUGAAUUUGAAAAAUUAUUUGAAAUGAGUAA